CUGAAACCUUCCUUUCGCCUCAUCAAUUCAGAUCAAUUCACGUCUUAAGACAUCACACAACCGCAAAACAUACCUAACGAUAAAACCUCGUUAGAUUAUAAGGCGUCAGUUCAAGGUUUGCUUUCUGCUAAAACAAACCUCUAUCUACGUCAUAGAGAUCCUUGAUCACCCUCCUAGCCUCCUAGCUUAUUGACUUGCGAUUCUAUCAUUGCGCCUGAUCAGAAUCCCGUCGCUGCAAUUGUUACCUAUUCACCACUUCGUUUGUUCAUUGUGAUUUCGGAACUCCACCCUAGCCGAUUUGCCUCUCAUCCCUUUGGAAAGAAUAAUCGCAAACAUGGCAACACCUGAGGAUCAAGAACUGAUGGCCAGAAUUAGCAAAUUGGCUAGUCAAAUUAAUCGCCACAAAGCCCAACGCGAUGGCGUGAAUUCGGAUCCUAACCCCCCUUCCCGAGCAUCCCAUUAUCGAGCUGCCCCGUAUCCUCGUGGAGGAUAUCGCGGUGGACGUGGCAGACCUCUACCCGCCUAUCGCAAUAAGACACUAGUUCUCAACGGACAAUCUCGACCUGCAGCCGAUACUAGCGAUACUAGCGAUACUGCCAACGAAACUUCCCAUCUUGCAUCUCCAUCCUGGGUCACAAAGACCGACCGUCAUUUGCAGCUAAUCAAUACGUCUGUUUACGAGAAGGAAUCGCAGCAGCGCGCUAGUGCUAUCGAGCAGACCCAUCGCCAGAAACAACUUCAAAAGAACAACCGCGAGAAGGCCAUUUUCAUGAACAAUAUGCUUCAGAGUGGCGCUAUUGGUAAACCCGUUGGACUUCCUAACACAUCUGCAUCGGCUUCUCCAUACGAGGUUGUAGUAGAUGGCAUUUGCUUUCGAGUUGUGCAGCAAGGCAGCAAGCUUGUAAAAGCACCCGACGACGUAAACCCUCCUUCGGCUACCCCCAAAGUGACAACAAUCGGCGGUGUUAAAUUCCAUCGUACCAAGCACGGCAACCUCGUAAGGCACGGUGUCGUAAAAGCCCAGCGGUUUGCUGGCGGAGUUAAGAAGGUCAACGAACAAUGCAAGACCUUUUCAUGGACCGGAUCAUGCCCUAAGGGCCCGAGAUGUCGAUACAUCCACGAUGCUUCUAAGACGGCCAUCUGCCGCGAUUAUCUUUUAAAGGGUAAAUGUCUACAAGGUGACGCUUGUGACCUUUCACAUGACGUUACAGAAGAGAGAACCCCCCUCUGCGUGCAUUUCGCCAAGGGCAAUUGCCACAACACCUCGUGCUCGUAUGUUCACGCGGCACACUCCCCAACAGAUCCAGUAUGCCGAGCGUUUGGAAUUUACGGGUACUGCGAGAAAGGAGCGCAAUGUCCUGAUCGCCACGUAUUCGAAUGUCCUGACUUCAGCAACACGGGCGUUUGUAAGCUCAAGGGUUGUAAACGACUUCAUAUCGAAAGGGCGAGUGUCCUUCGAAAAGCAAACAACCGCGCAUCUUCUGAAGAGACAGACGUAUCUAGCGAUGAUGACGACGCUGCGGCAGACAGUGACGACAUCGACUCCGACGAGGUUGAGGAGUUUAUCAAGAACGAAGGCGAAGAAGACCUCGAUUUCAUCCAGCAAAAGGAUUUUAUCGGGUUUUAAUACCUAAGCUACCUAAGUCCCCUUGGUUUCUUACUAACUAUCUAGGCAUUGAAGAAGCGGCUCGUUUGGACAAAGCCCAUAUUGCCAAAGGUCAACGUACUGCCUUGCUUAGAAAUGGGUUCUGGCUCUUUAGUCAGUAUUUAGACAGCACAUAUCACGACAAUUAGUUGGCGUUUGAAGGUUGCUUUAUUCGUACAACAGUUCGUGAUACCCAUUGCGAUGAGUUUCGCCUUAGGCGAUUGUUAGGAGUUGAUACCCUAAGUGGAAGAAGAAGAAGAAGAAGAAAAAAAAAAGAAUUACUUACAGACAAAAGAUAAGCAAUUGUAACUAAUAGAAAAUAAACUUGUUGUUUAACCACGAUAUUACUCUUAUUUGAUGCAAAUCAUUUGACUCUAUUUGAAGGAGAGAUUCUCUGUUGAGUUGUACUAGUUAGUUUGUAUGCAUAUACCUGUCAGUCACAU